GAAAAUAGAUGGUAUAAAUAAAGCGUCGUAUCUCCGUUUUUCAACAUUAAAACUAGUCAUAUAUAUCCGUUUUUCGACAUUAAAACAACAUUUUUCGAUAGAUUUUUGAAACUAGUCAUAUAUAUCCGUUUUUCGACAUUAAAACAACAUUUUUCGAUAGAUUUUUGAGGUUUAAGGUUACCUCAUAUAAACUUUUCCUUGUUUUGUUUGCAUAACCUCUGCAGUUCUACCAGAGAGAGAGAGAAUGAGAAUGCUAUUAUGCAGUUGGAUUUACAGAUUGGAAAUAGUGGAGUAGAAAGAUGCCAAUUUGCUUGUUUGAGAGAGAGAGAGAGAGAGAGAUGCCAUUUUCCUUGUUAGAGAGAGAGAGAUGCCGACGGGGGUACACUGAAACAAGAAAGAAGGCAUUGUUGUUUCGCUCGUGGUAUUAGAAUGUGAGGCCUUUGGAGCCCUAUUUCUUGCUGUAAAAGGAAGCAUAAUUAUGGAGGGGCAAAGCAUGAGUGAAAAACUUCUUUUCACUUUCCUCAAGGCCAAGGAGAUUGCUAGUACCAUUUUCUCUGGCGAACUUCAUUUCAAUGGAUUCUUUCGCUGGGAGAUGGGUAAUGGCGUUUUUCCUGUGUGGCACUAUUGUUGCCACAUCAUAUGCAGAUAUGCAAAAUGGGAUGCCUGAAGUCAGAGGGGUAAACUUGGGUGGAUGGUUAGUAGUAGAAGGAUGGAUAAAGCCGUCUCUUUUUGAUGGCAUUCCCAACAGUGAUAUGCUUGAUGGAACAAAGGUGCAGUUUAAAUCCACAUCUCUGCAAAAGUAUGUUAGCGCAUUCAAUGGCGGAGGGCAGAAUGUAACAUUCGACCGAGACAUUGCUUCUUCAUGGGAAACCUUCAGGUUAUGGCGAGUGUCUAGUGAGAUAUUUCAACUUAGAACCUUUGGAGGUCAGUUUCUAGCUUCUGAUGGCGAAGGUGGCCCUGUCUCUGCGACAGAUGAAUCCGCAACUGGAAGAGGAACCUUCACUUUUGAAAGAUACCAGAACAGAGUCCAUAUAAAGCUUUCAAAUGGAAAUUAUUUGCAGGCAAAUUCAGCAGGGCAGCUCACAGCAGACUAUCCGGGUAGACCAGGGUGGGAUGACCAUGCUGCAACAUUUGAAAUGACCAUUGUUGCGAAUGACUUGCAUGGAGAUUACCAGCUUGCAAAUGGAUAUGGACCUGAUAAAUCUACAUCUGUUCUCUCUGGUCACAGAAACAGUUUUGUCACACAAGAAGAUUUUAGGUUUUUGUCAAAUCAUGGCAUAAACACUGUAAGAAUACCUGUUGGAUGGUGGAUUGCGAGUGAUCCAACUCCUCCACCUCCUUUUGUUGGUGGAUCCCUGGCUUCGUUGGACAAGGCUUUUCUAUGGGCACAGACUUAUGGGAUAAAGUGUAUUGUUGAUCUUCAUGCUGCUCCAGGUAGCCAAAAUGGCAUGGAACACAGUGCCAGUAGGGAUGGCUCAGCAGAUUGGGCUAAAUCUCCCAAAUAUAUUUUUGACAGCCUAAAUGUCAUUGAAUUUUUGGCUUCCAGGUAUGCAAAACAUCCCUCUCUACUAGGGAUUGAGCUCAUUAACGAACCUUCUGCAUCUGAGGUUCCUAUUGAUGUCUUGAUUUCGUAUUACUCAAAAGGAUAUGAGAUUGUGCGCAAUUAUUCGUCUACAGCUUAUGUGAUUCUAUGCCAGAGAAUUGGAAACGUUGACCCACUUGAACUUUAUCAUGCAAACAUUGGCUUUUCAAAUGUUGUGCUAGAUUUACACUAUUAUAAUCUUUUUGAUAAUUUUUUUAGCAACAUGACUGCUGAAGCCAAUAUUGAGUUCAUUUAUGAAAGCAGACUAGCCCAAGUGCAAGCAUUGAAUAGUGCAAAUGGUCCUCUUGUCUUUGUUGGAGAGUGGGUGAAUGAGUGGAAUGUACAAAGUGCUUCAAAGUUUGAUUAUCAAGACUUUGGAGAUGCUCAGUUGCAAGUUUAUGAUCAAGCAUCCUUUGGUUGGUGCUACUGGACUCUGAAGAAUGCAAGGAAGCACUGGGACUUUGAGUGGAACAUCCUGAAUAAUUACCUUCAACUUGGUGCCUCAUCAACAAAGCUAAAUAUGGGCAGCACUUAUUUUCUUAUUUUGAGUUUGUGGGCAUGUCUCUAUUUGCAUCAUGUGACACAACAGUAACAAGAGAAACGUUACAAUUGGUUGCCAUUGAAACAGGCGACAUUUGAUCAUAAGAUGAUCAACUUCAUUCAAAUUCAGCUGAAUAAGAUCAUCAAAUGCAAUACAGAGCAAGAGAUUCUGGUAAAAGUCGCAAGGCUCUGUUUAUCCCUUUUUGUAUCCAUAUUGCUCUCAUAGUUCCGUAUUUCUCAAGACCCCCUGUGUAUUCCUUUUGUAUCCACAGCAGAAUCCUUAUCAAAUAUCUUUUUCUCCAUAUAAUUGUCAAGAUUUAAAUCAUUGUUUUCAAAGGAAAGUUGGUUGCUAGCAAUCUGUCUACAAAA